GCCGCCCCAAACGACUGCCUCCUUCAUCAACCAGAGCGCUUUUUUCUUCCAUUUUUUCUCAGAAUCCAUCAGAUCUAGGCCGUCGCAUUCCAUGAGCCCGGUUUAUUUCGCGCGCGCCACCGUCAAGAGGGCUAGGAGGGCGAGCGUGAAUGUUACCGUUGUUCGCUCCGCCAAGCCUUCGUAAAGCAGGACUAUGAGCCGCGCUCACCCCCCUCAUUCGGCAUCGCAGAACCCUCCACGCACCGCCCGUCUUUCCAGCCAUGGCGCAGCCUCACGGCUUCGCACCCCGAUUAUGACAAAUGGCAACUCUACGGACAAUACAUCGGCUGUCAAUGGAGGGGGAAGUACCGAUGUUACCGCCGAGGAGGAUCUACGAGCUGGGGAGUUUCGCCAGAGGUACAGAAUCGCCGAGUCGCGACUUAUGGCCUUGCUCAGCGCGAAAGAGGAGACACAGCAGAUGCUAAGACGUGCAUCUGUGCAAGCGGUGCAAGACGAAACUGGCGAUGCGACAACCACGGCUGCUUCCAGCUUACUCGUUGGGUCCAAGAAACCGGCGAGAAACAUAGAUGAGGAUGACUAUGGUGACGAUGACGAAGAUGAGCAAGAAGAACAUGCAAUCGCAAAGUCCCAUGGCGUAAUCUCGGCCAGCAUGGGCGCUGUGCAUACCACUCAAGCGCAUCGCUCACCAACACAAUUUGAUUCGUCAAGGUCUCUGCUGGAUAGAACUACUUCUGACGCGGCAAAGUCUUCAAGUGAUACUGCUAAGCAGGUUGAAGAUGAUCAGCAGGCGGCAGAAGAAGCAGCAAAGCGAAACUUCCAUCUUUUCUUCUAUACUUUGGAGAAUGACCGUGUCGCAAUGCUGGAGCAGCAGAAGUUGGAUGAACUUGACCGCCAGGUCGAAGCUGAAGUCUCUGGUCAGCAGAACGAUGCAGGUAACGUCGGCGCCACAUCAGCUGCGCAGGCAGGCUCGUUAAGCUCGUCAAAUCUGGGCGCGUCCAGUCUCAUGUUGGGCAAUCUCCUGAAACGAAUCGACACAAAGCGAGGUAUGGUCGCCGCAAAUGACGCUCAACUUAGACGAUUAAUUGGAGAGGUACGCAAAAACAGGAGUAAGUGGGCAAGUGAAGACAAGGUCAACCAGGAAGAGCUGUACGAGCCAGCUGAGAAGGUGUUACAAAAUCUUAAGGCUAUGACCGAAUACUCUACCCCUUUCUUGCAGCGAGUGAGCAAGAGAGAAGCGCCUGAUUAUUACAGCGUUGUCAAGAAUCCAAUGGAUAUCGGCACGAUGAUGAAGAAGCUCAAGACGCUUCAGUAUAAAAACCGUACAGAGAUUGUGAAUGAUCUCAAUCUCAUAUGGAACAAUUGCUUGGCUUAUAACUCCGAUCCAAAUCACCCUCUACGCAAGAAGGCGCUCUACCUACAGAAGAAGACAGAUGAACUUGUUCGACAUAUCCCCGAUGUUGAGGUUCGUGACAGAGCAGAAGUUGAAGCUGAGGAACGAAGAAAUGCGCGCCUUGAUGCCGAGCUCGAUGGCAUUGAAGACAGCGAUGAUGAAGAACCAAUUAUGGCUUCUCGCGGCCGGAAAGCCCCGAGUAAGAGUAAUAAAGGCUCUUCGAACUCACGUAAGGCUCCUCAGGCAAAGGAUGGAACGCCUGGGGCAGAAUCCAAACCUCUGCUCCAUGCAAGUGGAUCAUCAACCAAUUUAAAGAACCAAUUUUUGCGGACAGAUUCGGACGUUCCAAUGGAAAAUGGAUUUAGCACGCCGCCACCUAAUCGAUUGACGCCAUUGCCUAACGGCAUAGCUGGCGAAGCCGCAAGUCAGGCUGAUCUUUCAGAAGCUGAUAUACCCGGACAGCUGGCUGACAUGCCAAUGGAAGCAUCGGAAGAUCCUGAGGCUGAUGACCUUGAAUAUCGAAUGUGGAAGCAAGUUACAAAAAAGGCCCGUGCCACCAUUGCAGCUCAACGCAAUCGAUUGUUUCGUGCUGACCGCAUAAAUGCUGAAGAGCCAGCACUACUCAGGACUAAAGCUGGAAUGAGGCAAUGGAUGAGACAGCAAAAAAAGGCCUUGGGUGAAGAAGAAGAGUCUGUGGAUGCUUCGUCGGAAGAACGUACGAAAAGCGGAGCACCCGUGUCCAAUGAAACUCUGGUGGAGGCUAUGGAAGAAGAGAAUGACACGCUCCUACCAGAUUAUUACGAUCCACUGUCGGCCAUUCCGGAUAUUGCUGAAAACCUAAGGUGGGAAGACGAUUCAGAAGGCAGAGCGAUCAUGCAUUCCGAGGAAACUUUGCGUACGCUUCCACGUGGCAGCUUUACUGCACCAGAAAGCUUAUUGACUAAGAAAAUGGACGCAAAUAUGCGACAGAUGCAAGAGACUCGGAAAGUCUGCGCCAAGAUUGGCAUUGUGAAGCAGAUGCAGCUUCAAACACAGAUGUAUUCCAACCAGUUUCAGAAGUAUGAACCUCAGCCAUUCGUGGAGCAAGAUGUAGAGACUACUGUUGUCUCUGACGAUGGACCAUUCAUGGCUCCGUGGUUAUGUCGAGCUGCAUUCCAACGAAGCAUUGCAAAGAUAUUCUUCCAUGCUGGGUUUGAGGAAUUUCAGCCGUCUGCUCUUGACUCAGUCACGGACAUUGCUAGCAGCUACUUUCAAAACAUGGUUCAGUGCAUGGCUUCUUACGUAGAAACAUCACAGCUUCGAGAAAAGGAGAGCAGAGACUUUGCUGACACAACUAUUAUUCCACGCCCGGCGUCAUUUGAAGAAAAUGUCCUCCAUGCCUUGGACGAGCAGGGUUUGGAUAUCGAAGCGCUUGAAAGCUACGUGAAAGAUGAUGUUGAACGUCUCGGAACGAAGCUGGGCGUUAUGCAUGAACGCAUGAAGGCUCAUCUUGCUGAUCUUUUACGACCUGCUCUAGAUCCAUCUCAGGUUGGUGCUGAUGGUGUUGGUGCCUUCAACGAUGACAGCGAGCAGUUCGCUAGUGGUGACUUCGCUGAAGAUAUUGGUGAGGAUUUCUUUGGUUUCAAGGAGCUGGGUCUUGAUAGCGAGUUUGGUAUGACAACACUGAGUGUGCCAUUCCACCUACUGCAUAGUAGGUUGUCAAGCGCCUAUCAAUCCACUAACACAUCGGCUGUUCCUACUACUGGAAUCAUCAUGGAACCACCACCUCCGUUCGAACCUGUUACCAUUGACAGCAUACAGAACGAGAUUGGUCUCGUCCAGGACUUUCUCCUUGCGAAGCUCACAAGUAAUAACGCAACUGUUCUCAUCGAAGACGAUGAACUGCCGCUUAAGCAGCGCUUCCCUAAGCCUCGUUUGCCACCUACUGGGAAAAUUAGCUCUCCACGUAAGCGUCCUUUACGUGAGCAACAACAGAUGGCCAAGAAGAAACGGAAACUCGAAGAAGGCAGGGAAGACGUCAAUGGUGCAGUGAGGCAAAUUGUCAGACCUACUGGGAAACUUCGUCUAGAUAUGCCACCUCCCACUGAACCAAUUGCGGAUCCAGAAAAGGACGAUGACGCACCUGGCAUGAUGUCGCCUGAGAGCAUGUGACGUCCAGAACCGACGGGGCUUGUUCAUUAUUAUUCUUACUUUCUUUGCAACACUGCAGUGGCUCUUCUGCUUACACCUUUUGCAUCGGCAAGGUAGCGUCUUUCGCUGCACGAAUGUCAGGUGCAUGGCGUGUAUCUGUCUGUGCUCAAUCACUACUUGGGCACCGGUUUUUUCUUAUGACCACCAGUGCAGCUCUCAUAUACAUCUACUGGGGUUUCUGUGUAUAAUGGCGCGUACUCACCGUAGCUUUUCAUGACGGCGGUUGAUUUGGGUAUUCAUGAGCUCAAGAUACCAUGGUUGAAAGUCCAAGGAAAGGGGGAGCAAUGAACGAGAUCAAAUUGUGUACUUUAGAAACCGAAUGCACUGGUGAUUGUACCAAUGCGAAAAUAUCUUUACAAGACGGCGUCCCAUUUUCUCACGGGCAACAAAUUUUAAUUUCGCAGUGUAAACAGCACUUCGUGAUGUAUAAACUUGCUAAACAACAU